AUGGGGUUUCUGGGACCAUUCACAAUCAGAGCAAAGAUACUUAUGCAGGAAAUGUGGAUAGAGAGCUUAGAUUGGGAUGAUCCAUUGGCCAGCAAUUUGAAUGAGAAGGCUCAACAGUGGUUUAGUGAACUUGGUCAAUUAGUCAAUAUUGAGGUACCACAAUGUCUUCGUCUUAAUCAGAAGAAAAACAUAGUGUCGUGGACUGUGCAUACAUUUGUCGAUGCUUCUGAAGUCGCAUAUGGUGCUGUAGCUUAUGUCAGAAGUACAUAUAGUGAUGGACAGGUCUCGUGUCGAUUGGUAGCUGCAAAAACAAUAGUCUCACCAUUUGCUGCAAUGAGUAUAUCUCGAUUAGAAUUGGUUGCAGCUGUUCUUGGACUGAGGUUGUCACUAGCAAUUAGCAGAAUUCUAGAUAUUCCGAUUUCUCGAGUAGUGUUGUGGACAGACAGUAUGAAUGUGCUUUGGUGGAUUCGUGGUCGAAGUAGAAACUUCAAACCCUUCGUAGCAAAUCGAAUUGGAGAAAUUCAAAGUUCGACAGAAACUAGACAAUGGUGUCAUGUCCCAACAGCAGCUAAUCCCGCAGACAUGCUCUCUAGAGGAAUACCUGCUUCAAAGCUCGUCAGUGAAACUUUCUGGUGGGAAGGUCCUGACUUUCUUGGAUUGAAUGAAGAAAACUGGCCAGACAAGAAUUUUCAAGUUGCUAUAAAGACUUCUGACAUUGAGGUGAAAAGGCCUUUUAGGACUUUAUUUGUUGCUCAUCAAAACGAUCUGAAAUGGAGAUUGGAUCCAAAACAAGUUUCAAGUUGGAGAACAUUGACACGAGUUCACGCUUGGGUUAGUCAGUUUAUCAGAAACUGCCAGAUGUCAAAAGAUGAUAGAUUGUAUGGCGAGUUGCAACCAGAUGAAAUAGAAGAUGCAGAAAUUAGUCAGAUAAUCUUGACACAACAAGAGUUUUUCCCUGAAGAGUAUUCAGUUCUCAAAAAGGGGAAAAUAUUACCUCUGAGAAGUAAACUAAUUGGGCUACAACCGUUUAUUGAUGAAGAUGGAGUUCUUCACAUGAAUGGACGUCUCAAAUUUGCACAUUUCUUAUCGCAUGAUGUUCGAAUGCCAAUUAUAUUGCCUCGAAAAAGUUGGGUUACAAAGAUGAUUGUAAACAACAUCAUGAAAAAGGGCAUCAUGUUACAGGAACUAAUCAGACACUAG